AUGAGUAAUUUAAGGAUACGAUUUUAUUUUAAAAUAUUUAAAUUCUUAAGCUAUUUUAAAAAUCCGCUAGAUUGGCAAAUAUAUUUACUUUUUUAUUUACUAUAUAUAAUCUACAAUCUUUUAAAGAUUACCUAUUUUUUAUUUACUUAUUAUCAUUUAAUUAUUAAUUUUACUAUUUCUUUCAAUAUAGGAAAAUUAGAAACAAUUAUAUCUAUAAAAAAGCAAAUAAAUUCAAUUUUAUAA